UACAGGUAUCUCAAUUUGAAGGAUGGCCAACAACACCACCAAAGUAAGCCUUGUGGCCGCAUUGGUGCUCAUGCUUGCUUCGGCGGCCUUCAUUCCGGAAGUUGAUGGAGCCGGAGAGUGCGGGAAGACGCCGAUUGGGUCGGCGGCCGCUAGCAUGAGCCCUUGCUUGAGUGCAGCUAGAAAUAGUAGGGCUAAGGUUCCAGCAACAUGUUGCACCAAAGUUAGUGCCUUGCUAAAGACGGCACCCAAAUGCCUUUGCGCUGUCUUGCUCUCACCUUUGGCAAAGCAGGCUGGGAUCAAGCCCGCCAUUGCUAUCACCAUUCCAAAGCGCUGCAGCAUCAGGAACCGAUCAGCUGGAAAGAAGUGUGGGAGGUACACCGUCCCAUGAGAAUGAAAUCCCCAGAGUCGACGGGGGAAGAGAGAAACACUGAAACAUGAAUCUAAUGUUUUUAUGUGUACUAGGAUAAUUAAGGAAGUAGCAAAUAAGGUUGCCAUAUUAUUAUUAUAGGGUCACGCCCUGUUUGAUAAUUGGCCCAUUAAGGCAUUAAAUAAUUAUAAUAUGUUGUUUAAGGAUUUAAUGUCAGAUGUGUUUAUGAUU